ACGAUUUUUUAACACAGUGCUGCUACUGCUGCUGUAACGUUGACUUGUAAUCAAUGCCAAACCACGCAAAGGUGAGGAGCUUCUCAAGUGGAAAGUGAUGCAUCAGUCGCCAUACCAAGAGUUUGUUUGAAUAGUGCUGAGAGUGAGAAACUCUGUGCUGUAUGUACUUCGGGUGCAGUGUUCGCCGAGUCUAGUCGGAAGAAUAGUUUUGUGCCGGCAGCCUUGCUGUUCCGCAAACCCUUGCUUGCAAAUCCGAAUUAGAUCGCUGGGGUAUGCAAUAGCUGGCUAUUUACGACGAAAAUUGAUUUUUCGAGACGGUACGAGUGACGAGGAUUUUUUUUGUUUUGCUGUCCCUUAGUGGAGAUGAUUAGCGUGCGCUGAACAGCUGAUCUACACCACGCGCUUGCAUCGGAGACGAAUUUUCGGGGCCACAGCUACGUCUCACACUGGUGACCUAGAUACAGCGGCAGAGCAUAAAGUUCGUUGAGUUUUGGGUGAUUCAGAUUUAGCCGAAAAUGGUCAUCCGGCAAUCUAUCCAGGACAAAUCGUUCAUCGAGAGCGAUGUCGCUACGAAACGGUUCUCCCCGUUGACAAGACAGAUUAUCGCAGCAACGGGGCCCAUCAUCGCUAGUGUUGCAGCCGGGAUGACCAAUGGAUUCUCGGCGAUUUUGCUGCCACAAUUACAGAAGCCGGAAAGUACCAUCCAGAUUACGAACGAUCAAUCGUCGUGGAUUGCUUCCAUGGCACCUCUUCCGAUGGCGGCUGGAUGCCUUUUGGGUGGCUUCCUGAUGGAAAAGUUUGGGCGAAAAGUGACGCAUCUAAUUUUGAGUAUCUCUUUUGCCGUUGGAUUCUGCGUGUUAUCUGUGGCGUUGACUUAUGAUAUGAUCUUGGUGGGAAGAUUUAUUACUGGAUUCAGCUGCGGACUAGUUGGACCGCCAGCUUCUGUGUACAUAGCAGAGACCAGCCAUCCGAGAUAUCGUGGAAUAUUGCUGGCGGGUGUAACAUUUGCCGUAUCGUUUGGAAUAUUCUUAUCGCACUUAUUUGGCACAUUUUUCCAUUGGAAGAUGGCUGCUUUGUACUGUUCAUUCUUCAUGGUAGUUAGUUAUGUAUUUGUAGUGUUUUGUCCUGAGAGCCCGUCUUGGCUCAUGUCCAAGGGACAAGGACGUGAAGCCGAAUCUGCCUUCCGUUGGCUAAGAGGACAUGAUGCGGAAGCAAUGAAAGAAUUCGAAGAUAUGGUAGCAAACUAUAGUGGAUCAUGUACGGCUGGAGGUUCACAGGAUCCAAUGCCCACUCUCAAGGAAAAUUUGCUAAAAAAGGAAUUUAUUUUACCACUCAUCACACUGUUGGUGUUUUUCUUCACAAUGCAGUUUUCUGGAGUAAACAUUGUUGCAUUCUAUUCCAUUUCACUGAUGAAGACAACCAUCGGCAGCAAUAUCAAUGAAUACUUGGCCAUGUUGAUUGUAGACUUAGUUCGAGUUAUUACUUCCCUAAUAGCAUGUGCCCUUCUCAAAAUGUUUGGUCGAAGACCGUUGGCUAUGUUGAGCGGCAGUGGCACAACUAUAAGCCUCAUAGGGUUAUCUAUUUUCCUUUACUUUCAAACCAGCAUUCCAGUCUAUCAGAAUAUCUCCUGGAUGGCAUUGAUUUUCUUAAUCAGUUACAUCAUAUUCAUCGGUAUUGGACUGUUUCCUCUACCAUGGUGCAUGAGCGGUGAAGUAUUCCCUGUUGCAACCAGGGGUAUUGGGACUGGAUUGACUUCUUCAUUUAAUUUUGUUUGCUUCUUCGUUGUGAUAAAAACGGGUCCAUCACUGUUUUCCACAGUCGGAAUUAAUGGUACUUUCAUGAUCUAUGGAAUAAUUUCAUUGAUCGGAACGUUGCUUCUGUACAUGAUAUUACCGGAAACGAAAAACCGUACCCUGCAGGAGAUUGAAAAUGCAUUCAAAUCUGGAUGGCGGCCCACUGAAAAAACUGCAAUAGUUCAAAACAAGGUGUGAUAUUGUUGGAGGAGAUAUUCCUUUAGAAAGUUAUC